CAAAGUCGUCUGUGAUUGGCUCCUGAUCUCCUUUAGUUUAAGCGCCGUACCACGCCGUUGUAAUACGGAAGACGGUAACCAACACCAGACCUACCACCAAAUCACUAGUCAAAGAUCCUCGUCGAAAUAACAGGAGUGCUCUGCUGUUUGUAAAAACCUACAACUAACAACUUUGACAAGGAUCCUCUACAUACAGAAGAUUACUGCUGUUCCAGCCGCCAUGGAUCUGGUGCUGAACGUUGCCGACCACUACGUGUUGACGCCCUACGUGUACCCGGCGUCGUGGGCCGAGGACGGCGCCCUGCGACAGAUCCUCAGCCUGCUGGUGGUGACCAACCUCGGGGCGGCGGCGCUCUACCUGAUCCUGGGAGCCAUCAGCUACUACUUCGUCUUUGACCACGGCCUCAUGAAGCACCCGCACUUCCUCGAGAAUCAAGUUCGGCGAGAGAUCAGAUACGCGCUGACCUCGCUUCCCUGCAUCAGCAUUCCCACCGUGGCGCUGUUCUUCGCCGAAGUCCGAGGUUACAGCAAGGUGUACGACAACGUCCACGACUCGCCCUUGGGUUGGACCGGACUCUUCCUGAGUAUGAUCUCCUUCCUGCUCUUCACCGACAUGUGCAUCUACUGGAUUCACCGCUUCCUGCAUCACAAACUUAUUUACAAGCUUUUCCACAAGCCGCACCACGUGUGGAAGAUCCCCACCCCGUUUGCCAGCCACGCCUUCCACCCGGUGGACGGCUUCAUGCAGGGGCUCCCGUACCACAUCUACCCCUUCCUCUUCCCGCUCCACAAGGUGCUCUACUUGGCGCUGUACGUCUUCGUCAACAUCUGGACCAUCUCCAUCCACGACGGCGACUACCGCGUGCCCGCCGCCAUAACAGGGGUCAUCAACGGCUCGGCUCACCACACCGACCACCACCUCUUCUUCGACUACAACUACGGCCAGUACUUCACCCUGUGGGACCGCCUGGGCGGCUCCUACCGCCACCCGUCGGCGCUGAUGGGGAAGGGCCCGCGCGACCUGAUCCGCAAGCUUCAGGCGGAGGCGAAGCCGGCGAACGGCGGCGUGAACGGAGUGCGAGGUGCAACGUGCAAAGAGGAGUAACGCUUGCGGGGAAUCUUUCUGCUGGAAAUGACUUAAAGUCCCACUUUCCAUAGCAAGUUGGAAUUUUAAGAUAUUCAACACUAAAGUGGCUAGCGCACGGCCCAAAUUCGUCACGUUUCAUGUGUCAGGUAAGCCGCAACUCAUAGGGACAUCUGAUUCUGUAUUUACACAGCUGAGAGUACUUUGGCUUCUUGUAUUUGCCAAAUACGUCUUCUGAAAUUCCAUCGGGAAAACUUUGAUACUCAAAAGUACUUGUAUCCAAGACUUUGUUGACGAAUAAAAAGAUGCACUUUAUUGAUAAGUA